AUGGUAACCGAAACCACCCCCAAACCAGGGCAAAGCGUAGUAACAAGAGAUCAAAGUGAUCUGGAGAAGAAACGGCAGUUGUCUGACUCAGAAUGUAAGCUCGAUCAAAACAAGCAAAGAAAAAUGGAAAAAGAACAAACCGACGAUGAGAUAAAUAUUCCUACUCCCUUAUUUCUUGUGCUAAGUCAUAAGGAAGAUGGUAAAACCCUGACUAAGGUGAGCCCGUUCCUUAUCCACAAAUCUUUAGUAGCCUGUGGAGGGCAACCUAAAUCUUUAAGGAAGCUGAGGAAUGGAACUAUCCUGGUGGAGGCUGCAAAUUGCAUUCAAUCCAAGAAGUUCCUUAAAAUCGACCAGGUAGCGGUUACUGUCCAGCCACAUGCCUCUCUGAACUCUUCCAAGGGAAUCGUUUUCUGUCGAGACCUUAUGGACUGCAGUGAAGAGGAAAUAAAGGUUGAGCUGCAGUGCGAGAUGGUGACUGAUGUGGUCAGGAUUGUUCGGACCGAAAACGGGGUAAAGGUUCCUACCCCGGGUCUUAUUAUAACCUUUGCAAAACCCCAUCCGCCAGAAACCAUCAAAGCCGGUUAUUUGUCUCUGUCUGUGCGGCCGUACUUUAAAAACCCCCAAUGGUGUUUCCGCUGUCAGAGGUUCGGGCUCUCCAGUAAAGUGUGUUUGAACCCAGAGACAUGUUCCCGCUGUGGUGAUGAAGGACACCAAGAGGAGGGGUGCAAAAAUGAGACGCGAUGCAUCAAUUGCAAGGGGAAACAUCCGGCAUACUCAAGAGAGUACCGCACAGUGUUCCUCAUGUACAGUCUUGGAGGGUAUGGUGCGUGCAUUGACGGAGCAGGUGGCUGCUCUGGUUCAGCAACUCGCCGCAGGUGCUGGGGAACAGUCUGUGGUCUUGCCCAGUAA